AUGCAGGUUGAGGCUACCGGAGACAGCGACGCCCCAGAUCAGCAGGAGGCUACCGGAGACAGCGACGCCCAGGAUCAGCAAGAGGAUGCCAGAGACAAAGAAGAAUCAAUCCUGGGCAAUUUGAGCCCAGAGUCAGAUGAUGUUUCCACCAUGAACACAGAGGAGUACGAUCGAGCCAUGAAAGAGUUGACGGAUGAGGAGGCAGCUGAAGCGGAAUCCGCUCCGCCUAAACAGGUCCUUGCAACCAUAACUGGGCUGGAGCAGGAAACUGAAGAAGAAACUCCGACCGCCGUCGGACUCCGGGAUCCGUCCACUUCGGAGACUCCGCCGUCGCGGCCUCUCUACCACGUCGCGCCGGAACCCGGAGAAGGACACAUCUCCGGCCACACGGAAUACUUGACCGCAGAUGAGCUCGUCGAACAGGCCGGCCGGGGUGCCAUCGACCACUCGGAAAUCCUCAACAAACCCAUAACUCCGGACGAAGCUGCCAAUCCUGAAGUUCUAGAAGCGAAAAGAAAGGAGAUGCUGGCAACCGCCCAAGUAUUUGCCAACACUGCAGCAGCAAUGUUGGAAGAAAGGCAAGAGGCAGGAGCAGUGAUGGAAAGUUUCCUCAAGAGAGAGCGUGAAGCCGCAAAAUGCUUGGAAGAAGCUAAGAAACUCCGAGCGCGAUGGGAAACCAUGAUGGAGGACGCUAGUAAGGAGGCAGAUAGAAUCCGCCGGGAGGCCAUUGGCCCUCGAAAGAUCAACUUUGCAACUCCCACGAACCAGCAGCCGCUCACCACUCCAAAGGACAAUAUGAAGAAAGUUGCGGAGAUCUUGGCCAAGCAAGAUGAGGAAAUCGACAUCGCACACCUCCGCACGCUGGUAGCUUCAGCAAUGAAGCAGCAGAGAUGA